CCAACGCGGAAGUGAUUAAUCAAUGUAAACAGUGUUAAACAGAAAUAAGAGUCUUCUGGUGUUUUUCUCUCCACGUGACAACAUGGUCCGGUGUUUCCUGAUCCACACCGUGUGUCCGGUCAGUGCUCUCGGUUCUGGAGAGAAUCGGGUGUUGUAUUCUCGGGUCUUCGGUCCAGAUGAAAGCUUGUUGUCCGACCAGAACCAGAACCAGAACCAGAACCAGAACCAGAACCUGAACCCGGAGGAGAGGCGGGUUCUACAGAAGGAGAAGGUCGCUGUGGUGGCCAGGCAGGUGCGGAGCGUCGUCUCUCUGUCCCGGGAGGCUUCGGGUCGGCUGCUGGUGGAGGCGUUGCCCGGCGAGGAGGCGCUGGCGCUGCAGGACGCCGACAGCGGAGUGGUGCGUCUGAGAGCUGGAGACCCUUUCUCUGAGGAGAUGAGCGCUCUGUGGCUGGGAGUCCAGAGUCUGGGCUUCACGCUGGUCUGUGAGCCCCACGAGAACCUCCUGCUGGCCGAGGGGACUCUGCGCAACCUGACCCGACACUGCCUGGAGCAGCUGCACAUGCUGGGGCAAGGCAGCGAGGUCCUGCUGAGGAGCAACCGUGUCGAUGCUCUGCUCAGCCGCCUGCUUCCUCACGGCCAGCUCCUCUUCCUCAACCACCGCUUUGCCCAGAGUCUGGAGAAGGAAGUGGCAGCUUACAUGGCCAAGUGAACCAGAACAACUUCCUGGUUGAGCUCAAUCACUGCUGGCCAACUUGUUUACUGUUGGUGACAUGUCUGUGGCGGCGGCGGUGGCAGAAGAACGGACCAACUGGCAGCUGCUGUUUUCUGAUUGCAUGAGGUGGUAAACACACGGAGUGGUGAAUAUCUCCCUCAGCCACUUGCAGCUCACUGUUGACUGUUUACUGCGUGGGAGGCUUCAGUUCAAAUCCUGUUUGUCAAAUUGAAGAGUGGAAAGGAAAAUGUGGCAGAUUAAAAGAGUGCAGCUUGAAGAGGCCGGUUAAAACCUACUCGUCAACAUCAAAAGACUGCCAUUUAUCUGAUUCACCGUACUUUUAAAUGUCAUCGCGCGACCUUGAGGAACCAGACUUGACCUACACGUGAAUCUCAAAGUGCUUUUAUUGCCCCGCGGUGACUCCGAAUGCACCUUUCGUUCCUGAGGAGUAGGAGGAAUUUUGUUUAAUGUUCAAUAUGAUUCAUCUCUUCGUAACAAACAGCAGAAAUGGAGCAAAGAAAGAUCAGAGUCAGACCUGUUUAAUGUCAUUCUGAACCAAAAAUGUCAUCAUUCUUGAAACGUUGAGGACAAUGAAUAAAAGGAAGCAAGUGACAUGAAAUGUUGUAUAACCAAAAUGAAAGACAUGCAGAAUAAACAGGAAAUGAGGAGCUACAAUGGCAACAUCCAGACAUAACAAAUAACACUUGUAAUCCUGCACGUUGUGAACAUCUGUUGUACCUCCAACUGCGGCCCCCCCGUGAAGCCAGACUCUCCUGCUCCUCCUCCGGGCCUAAUAAAAGCCUCCCAGUUUUUGAGCCAAAUCCAAAAGAAAAAAACCUGUCUGGAUGCCAACAUCAAUUGCUUUGAUCUUCUCCCUUUUUUUUUUUUUUUUUUUCCUGUAUUAGAAAAUAAAACUCAUUUUUAGCAUUACCCAAGGCGUAUUCUUUGAAACUUGUGUACUCUGCAAUCAAGGACACACGGCGUGUUUUCCAAAAACGAGGCACCGGGGAUCGCACAUUAAAAAUGAUAGAACACACAAGAGAAGGAUUUAGAGGUUGUGUACGUCUCAUGGGGAAUACAAAAAAACACACAAACUCACCGUCAGCUGGAUAAAAACACCUGCGAAGUGAAUAAUACAAAUGAAUCAGAUAACCAGUGAGUUCCACUGUAAGACCAGCAGAGGGCGAUGAUGCUUCUGUCAGUGUCAAUGUGCAGUGAAGGACAUUGUGGAAGAAACCAGGUAGUAUUUAAGGUAAAUCUUUUUAAAGGUGCUCCAUACUAUAUCCAGAGCAUUAAUAUAGCAGCAAAUAACUAUUGUUCAUGUAAAGAUAUAGAGGAGUAAUGUCUACCUGAGCAGAGAAUGAAGUCUAUCUCCCUCUGUAUGUGUUGUAAUCAGAGCUUCUCUUUGCUUCGUUUACAUCGCCGGGCCGACCGUGUGUGCCUUUUAGUGCAUGUUGUUAGCGUGCCCCGCCGGCUAGCUCACAGCCACCACUCUACACUGCUCUCAUAUAACGGCUACAGCUGAUGACCCCGUCCCGAUAGACGGCGUUGUCGCUGAAGCGUAGCGCCCACCCUCCGUUCCCCCCUUCAGGUUAGCACCGUUAGCUCUGUCCCAAUCUCGCAUUUAGCACCUUUUACGCUGAAUUCACACCAGAGCAGCAGCAAAAUGCAGCCUGCGGCGAGCUGCCAUUCAUAUGAAAGGCUGUGGCGGGCGCUCCUGAGCUCAGCGAGCUGCAGCCGUUUGAUUCUGUGGCGAAGCGUGGCCAAACAAAAGUUGAGAAAAGUUAAACUUUUAGUGGCCAAGUGUAGCCAGAGAGUACACGCAACCAAUCAGUUAACAGAUCCUGUGACUCCUGUGACAUGUUCACCUAUGUUACAAAGAAUUCCUUCCCACCUGAGACACAUGAAUACGCCUCAAGGCCGCAAAAAACUGUGUUUAUUGCGGUGAGCCGCACUUCGCUGCUGCCUCGUAUGAAUUCAGCAUUAAAAAGGCCUUCAGAUGCAACCUUGGCUUUGAUAUAUACUGUGCUGAAAUAUACAGGUAUGAACAUUAAAGUGCACAACAGAAAAGCAAAAUGUUGUCAAUAGAGACACAACAUUGGAGAGUAUCUCGAUGAUUCUCGUUUUACUUUAAAAAAAAAAAAAAAAAAAGUCAAUAAAUUCACCUUAA